AUGGUGACUGACUUGUUCUGGGCACACCCAGUUAGUUUGGAGUUGUUACAUGCAUUUCCACAUGUGUUGAUUAUGGAUUAUACAUACAAGACUAAUAGGUAUCGACUCCCUCUCUUAGAGAUUGUUGGGGUAACAUCAACGGACUUGACUUUUUCAGUUGCUUUUGAUUAUCUUGGUCAUGAAUGGGAGGACAACUAUACAUGGGCUUUAGGCGUAUUGCGUACUGUUAUGGAGAAUACUACUUUUCCAAAAGUCAUUAUUACAGAUAGGGAGUUGGCUUUGAUGAAAGGCAUAGUAAAAGUUCUACCUAUGGCCACUAAUCUUUUAUGUAGAUGGCAUAUUAGUAAGAAUGUUUUGAUGAAGUGUAAGAAGGUUUUUAAGACGAAAGAUAAAUGGGAUAAGUUCAUGCAUAGGUUGAGUGCUUUGGUAUUGGUUAGAACAGACGCAGAAUUCAAUGAACAAUUUUCCACUAUGAAGACUAAAUUCAGUACGUAUCCUGAAGCUAUUAAGUAUGUUACUACCAAUUGGUUAGAGCCAUACAAGGAAAAAUUUGUUGCAGCUUGGACAGAUAGUAAUAUGCAUUUCGGAAAUACUACUACAAACAGUUUGGACAAAAUAUUAGUAGAGUCAAAGAGAUCGAAUAGUGUGGGAAUAGAUGUUGCUGCAUGUGGCUGCAUUUUGCGACGUACACAUGGGUUGCCAUGUGCACAUGAAAUAGCUAAGUAUUUUCAACAAGGUCGACCGAUUCCCCUAUCGUGCGUAAAUCCUCAUUGGAGGAAGUUAGAUAUGCUUCCAAUUUCAGAAAAUGCUUUUGUGAAGUUGGAUUGCAAAACAGAGACUGAUUUUUUUAUUGAGAAAUUCCAAACGAUUGACGAGACGCAUCAAGUGAUCAUUCUGAAGAAGUUGCGGGAGUUAAUUAGUCCAUAUAGUACAUUUUUGAUGGAACCUGAACUCAAGACUGACACAAGAGGAAGGAGCCGGGGUCGCGGCUGUGGUCAAUUCAAAAUCGAUACAUCUACUAAACGCGAGCCAUCUGCGUUUGAGUUUGUACUAUCUGGGGAAGAUAGUUAUUCACAGGGUGUUACCAUCUCAACUACACCAGUUCGUAAGCAAGUGCAACGCAAGAAAGCAAAAAAAGAUAAUGUUUGUAUGACACAGUCAACAAAUAGUAUUUCUUACUUCGAACAAUUUCCGGAGAAGUUGAGACCAUAUAUCCGUCACAUAAAAGAUGUACAAGCAGAUGGCAAUUAUGGCUUCAGGGCAAUAGCUGGAUUGAUUGGUUUAAAUGAAGAUGAUUGGCAACAAGUUAGGCGCAACUUGUUGACUGAGUUGCAUUCGAAUGUAGUGCACUACAUGCAACUAUUUGGUUCACAAGAAAGGGUUGAUGAACUUAACUCUAUCUUAUCCUACUUCGAACCUAGCCCUGGAUUUAAUCAUUGA